AUGGACGGUAAUCAGGAAGAAAUGCAGCAUAAUCAAGGCGCCGGUAACGGCGGCACCAUUUCACACUUGAGCGCCGGCUUGAAGCUGGUAUCGCUCUCAGACCAGCAGCAGAAUGCUGUAAACCUCAAUUUAUUACAGCAGCAGCUCCAUAACGAGGCUGCAAAUAACCAGGCGACCCAGUCGAGAAUCAGCCAGUUCUUCGCCAACCAGCCCUCCGAAGGCUACACAUUAUUCUCCCACAGAUCAGCACCAAACGGUUUCAAGGUGGCCAUAAUAUUACUGGAGCUUAAUUCGCCCUUCAACACGAUCUUCUUGGACUUCAACCUGGGAGAGCAAAGAGCGCCCGAGUUCGUGUCUAUAAAUCCCAACGCCCGUGUGCCUGCUCUCAUCGACCACAACAACGAAAAUACAUCCAUCUGGGAGCUGGGCGCCAUCAUUCUUUACUUGGUAUCCAAAUACUUGAAGGACAAUGGCGAGUGUCUGCUCUGGUCGGACAAUCUCAUUGAACAGUCACAGAUUGCCCUGUGGUUGUUUUUCCAGACGUCGGGCCAUGCUCCCAUGAUCGGCCAGGCGUUGCACUUCAGAUACUUCCACUCUUGUCCGGUGCCCUCUGCCGUGGAACGGUACACCGACGAGGUGAGGAGAGUUUACGGAGUCAUUGAGAUGGCCUUGGCAGAAAGAAGAGAGGCGCUUAUCAUGGACUUGGAUAGAGAAAACGCUGCCGCAUACUCUGCGGGCACUACGCCUUUGAGUCUGUCGAGAUAUUUCGAUUACCCAGUCUGGCUUGUGGGCGACCGUGCUACAGUGGCAGACUUGUCCUUUGUGCCAUGGAACAAUGUUGUCGACCGGAUUGGCAUCAACCUUAAGGUAGAGUUCCCCGAGGUGUACAAGUGGACAAAGUACAUGAUGAGGCGACCAGCCGUUAUCCGUGCGUUGCGUGGAGACUAG